CUCAUUUUGGAGCUGUUAGGUGGAAUAUUCCUUAUCUUAGGAAGAAGCCGUUUUCCCCUGUCUGCUUUCAUGGUCGAUUUUUAUUGUGUCCCUUCUGAUGACAUUGAUGUGAUAUUUUUUUUGAGUUGGUUGCCAACCUGAUGUAGCCGUUGUCCUGUCAGAAAAUGAUGACCGGCCAUGAUAAAAAUAAUUGGGAGUAGUUCUAUCGGAAUACCAAAAUAAUACUCCCUCUGCCUGAAUGAGAAAUGGUAUAGCUGUCUCAGAGAUAUUAAUAGUCAUAAGGUGUUGACCGGAACGGGUGUUUCUGUUCAAUGUAACUUUCUUUAACACAGAACACUAGUUGCAGUUACACAGAAGAUUUACGGAUUUGCAAUGUAGGAUUCGUAUCUGAGCACAAUGAAAAGUGGUGAAAUGUGGACUAUUCUUGAGACAAUGUGAGUUUGUUUAUAAUGCUACAGAUUGGUAAUGAAUUUAGAAUAGCUCUGGUUGAAGAAAAUAUGUAUGCCUGGUUAGCAAAGGUUAUUUGAUUGUACUUAUGAAGUAGAUAAAAUUAAGCCUAAAGCAGUUUGAAACAAAUUAAUCUAGAAAUCAUCUGAGCAUUUGUUUAAACUUUCUAGCUUCAUGCGGGAGAAGAAAGAGGAUUUUGAGUCAUGAUGAUUCUUUUAAAUCUUUCAAAAGUGUGAUUAGGGAAAGGCUGUGACAGCUGACUAAACUGUUCAGAAAAAAGUUUAGUUAGCAGCUGGUUUUAUCAAUGUGUAACUUAUUGGAACAUAAACUUCUUUUUGGUUACUGGGGGACAGUCAUUCUAUUAUUAUAGAUAUUGUUAUGGACUAAUACAUGUUUCUGGAACUUCCUUUCUCAUACAGAAGAGCAAUUUAUUAUAUUUUUUUGUAUUGUAAUCGCAAUGUCCCUGUUGUCCCUUUUUUCAGCAUUAUGAGUCAAUGGGAAAUGGUUUUGAUAUCAAGAAAGGGACUUCUCCAUCUUUUAGCCGGCAUAAAAAGUUGCAAUGUUAUUGUUGUGGAGUUACUUUUAAUACAAUAAAAAGAGAUAAGAUACAUUCUUGGUUCUGUAGAUGUAGAACACUAAUUCAUUGAUUUGGCAAUCGUAUACUUAUGUAGAUGAGUAAAUAUUAAUCUUCUUGGCAACCUAAUGGUCUUAAUUCCAUGAAUGACAAAGCUUGCAGAUGUCUGGCUGCAAGUGGUCUUUUCGUUGGUUGUAAUUGUUGCUUCAUACACUAUUGAUAUGAUGCUGAUCUACCUUUUGGAUAGGUGGUUGCCAUUACUGUAUUUUGCUUGCUGGUGGUUGCGUUUUAUGCGUUCUUUGCUCCUUUUCUUGGUGGCCAAGUUUGGGAAUAUAUCUCAAUUGCUGCUUAUUCUCCUGUGGCGCUUCUUGUAUUUGUUCUAUAUGUUCGGUGUACUGCAAUUAACCCUGCAGAUCCUGGAAUCAUGGGAAGAUUUCAUCCUGAAUGGAGAACUAACCCCAGCAUUGGCCAUGGUCUAUCUGCUCGGGAUCUAACAAGUAAAAAAUACGAUGAAAAUAGUGUUGGGGCACGUUCUUCCCUCUCAUCUGCUUCUAGAAAUUCUAUUCCUGCUGCUAACUCAAGCAGGAAGGCUUCAUUGGAAGCUGGGAGUACCAAUGCUCAAGUCUCAUCUCAGGGUAGGAAGUUAUCUUGCUGGCAUCCUGGAGAAAUCCUCUGUGCAAUUUUUGUUCUCGAAGAUUGCCGAAAGCCAGAUGAAACAGGUUACCAGGAAGGUACAGGUGAAGAUGCACUAUUCUGCACUCUGUGCGAUGCUGAGGUCCGCAAAUUCAGUAAACACUGUAGAAGUUGUGAUAAAUGUGUUGAUGGAUUUGAUCAUCAUUGUCGGGUUGGCUACCUUGUUAUCCUUAUGUUCUUUGUACUUGAAUUAGAGUUGAUGUACCUAUUCUCAUUGCUGAAAAACUCUUUUCAUGUUUCAAUUUCAGUGGCUAAACAACUGUGUUGGUAGGAAAAAUUAUGUAACCUUUAUAUCACUCAUGGCUUUCAGUCUCCUUUGGCUUGUAAUUGAGGCUGCAGUUGGCAUUGCUGUUUUUGUGCGUUGUUUUGUUAAUAAGAAGAAUAUGGAAGCUGAAAUUGUUGAUAGACUUGGAAAUGGUUUCUCUCUUGCCCCGUUUGCCACUGUUGUGGCUGUCUGUACAGUUGUUUCAAUGCUAGCUUGUUUUCCCUUGGCCGAGCUUUUCUUUUUUCACAUGAUACUGAUAAGAAAGGGUAUUACGACAUAUGAGUAUGUAGUGGCAAUGAGGGCUAUGAGCGAGGCGCCAGCAGGGGCAUCUAUGGAUGAGGAGCUGCCCAAUAUUAUGUAUUCCCCUACUGGCUCUGCUACUACAGGAUUUAGCGGUGGGAGCUCUUUAGGGUUGCAAUACAAAGGGGCAUGGUGCACCCCUCCAAGGGUUUUUGUUGAUUAUCAGGAAGAAGUUGCUCCACAAUUAGAACCUGGAAUGGUCCCAUCAACUAUUGACCCAGAUGCAGUUGCAUUUGGGGACAAGGGAAACAAGGCACCCAAGAGGUCUGUUCGAAUUAGUGCCUGGAAGCUUGCAAAGUUAGACUCCAAUGAGGCUGCAAAAGCAGCAGCAAAAGCCAGAGCAUCUUCGUCUGUACUGCGACCUCUUGAUAACCGUCGUCUAGCAGAUGCUGAAAUGAGCUCAAGUGGGAAUCUUAGUGUCCGAAGCAGUAUUAGUGCUGACACUGGAGUAAACAAAGAUAACAGAAGUGAACUUAGGCUAUCACCUUUGAGAAACUCAGUUGCGCCCAGUCAAGGUAGUCGGGAUGAGUAUGAAACUGGCACGCAGAGUGUGAGUAGCUUCAGUAGUCCAAGCCAUGUUCAUGAGUCAGUGACCCUGAGCCCUCUUCCUCAAGCCCAUCGAAUGGGCCAACUUAACAUGGGGAAUUCAGUAUCCAGCCGUGUUCCGGAUCAUCCAUUGGCUCCUAGAGCUCCUUUACCGCGUAUUGCUGACCCAGUGGUACUUCCUUCAUCAGGGUUUGAUGCAAAUAUUACUCAAAAGGGAAGUUCUUCGGACCCAUUGCUGCUUACAGCCGCUGCACCUACGGCUCCAUUUCUUAGAGAUGUUAAGAGGACAUCUGUUGUGUGGGACCAAGAAGCUGGUAGAUACGUAUCUGUCCCUGUAACGGCUUCAGAGACUCGAACACGAUCAUUUCUUCCUGGGGGAUCAAGUGGAGGUGCUGGGUUAGGUUACAAUGACAAAAGGCCUGUUGCUCAGCCUGCGCCGCCGGUUGUACCAUCACAACCUGCAGCGAAGCUUCCAAAUCAGCAAUCAGAUAAGCUAUUGUAUUCAGGGGAGUCCAUAUUUUUUGGUGGGCCACUUUUGAGUGGUCCAAUGAGGAAUGCGCUGAAAAAUGAUAAAGGCUCGGAUAGAAGAGAUGGUCAAGACCGACUUCCCUUCAGUAUUCCAAAAGACUCUAGGUACAAAAGGGAUUCUGCCUCAAACCAGCUACCCGUAUUCAUUCCUGGAGAUUUUGACCCUAAUCCUCCAUCUGGAUCAGGUGUGAAGUAGCUUGUACACUGAGAACUUCUGUUAACAUUUUCUUGCAUCUUCGUAUGCCGAUGAUGAUCUAAGGUCGGCAGAUAUGGAAAUGGAAGUAGGAGAAACCUCAAAUGGGAAUGAGAUGUUUGUUUCCUAUGGAACCUCGCAGACCAUAGCAGCUAUUGCUUCAUCUGAGAGCAAGGUUCCAGUGGUUUCUUGUCGUAUGCAAGAUCUCUUGGAACACGUCAGAGGCAUCGAUGAAUUCCAGAUGAGACAAGGGGUGAGGAACUCACCAAACUAAAUCAAACCUUGUUUUUGUAUUUAAGAUUGAGCUGCGUAGAUAGUAAAUAGAAUCGAAGAGAUCCGGAAAACCUCAUGUCCUCUGGAUUCACUCGGUUUUGAGUUCAUUUUCCUAAACAGGAUAUCGAUUUUACCACAGAUUAGUUCCUUGCAAAACUGCCAUACUACCGACAGGUGUAGCACGUGAUUCAUUAAAGCUAAACGUGGUGCUAAUAAACUUGGGUAGGAUACUAAACCCACAUUUCUUAAGCUCUUCAUUUGCAAUGUUUCUCAGAGGACUUGGAAUUGAGAUCAGUGUUCUUAUUCUUCAAUAACAACCUAUGUCGCCCAAUGUUACCAUGUUUUCUCAGAUCAUAAGAGGCCCUGCGGAUUUUGG